AUGGCCAACUCUACAGAAACAGCUUUGGAAGGCCUCCCACGGCUUCCAAUCAUCAGCCAAGCUUCCAAGGCUGAAACCUCCCGACUGACCCCAUUGUCUGCAGUUGCACCCUCUCGCUUUCUUCCACUACUUAAACAUUCUAGGGUGCAAGUUCAUAUGCCUCUGGACACAAUCCAUGAGGAAGAACCAGCUGAUGAUAUUAAUAUUAUUGUUGAGAAUAAUCUUGAGAAAGCUUGGUGUGUGGCAAAGCCAGCAGCACCACAACAAGCACUGCAGUCAGCUCUGGACUAUGCCUGUAACUAUGCAGAUUGCAGCCCUACAAAGAAAGGAGGUUCUUGCUAUGACCCGGAUAGGCCAGUGCACCAUGCCUCAUUUGCCAUGAAUGCUUACUACCAGAAGAUGGGAAGAAACCAAUGGAAUUGUCAUUUUAACGAUACUAGUCUCAUUUCCUUGGCAGAUCCAAGUUACAAUCCCUGCUGCCAAUUUGUGAGUGGAGGAUCAGGACCUCCACUGCCACAGGAAAAGGAGGUUUUGGUGAUUGCAUCUGUGCCUGAGUCAGACCGAAAGGAAAAUGGUAUUUGA